AUGGAUAAUAUUGCAGUUCGCACCCUAUCAUUCCAAGCACCUGGCAGCCUUGCCGAGACCCUUGCCGCACACGAGACUAGAAAAACACCUACUGACGGCACUUCCCCAGUUAGUGACGCUCAAGGAGACGAGAAUGUCACGACCGAGCGACCUGGUUCUCGAACCGUCUACGACAUUUCUUUGCCAUCAUUGCAUUUCCUUCGAUGGCGGCCGCUUUACCAUCUUCAGGCACCGAGCGGUUGGAUGAAUGAUCCUUGUGGUCCUGGAUAUGACGCAAGUACAGGGCUCUAUCACAUGUUCUUUCAGUGGAACCCUCGUCGCAAUAGUUCCGGAUCAGUCGUUUGGGGCACGGUAAGAUGGGGUCAUGCAACUUCGAAAGAUAUGUUGAAUUGGACGGUCUCAGGAACCAGCACCAUCAAGCCUGGCUCUUGGUUUGAUAAGGAGGGAUGCUUUACAGGUUGUUUUGUGCCUACAGGCCUCAGAGGAGAACCUGGGCAGCUCACUGUCUUCUAUACUGGAGUCAGCCGCUUGCCUCUGCACUAUACUAUACCUUAUGUUCGUCAGACAGAGACUCUGGCGGUUGCCACGUCGGCUGAUGGUGGGCAGUCUUGGACCAAAAUACCAGGCAAUCCAAUUCUUCCUGAGCCACCGGAAGGUCUUGCCAUUACAGGCUGGCGUGAUCCCUUUGUUGCCAGAUGGCGUUCUAUGGACGCAAUCUUGGGACGAGAUAAAGACUCGGGGGCACUUUAUGGACUUAUCUCAGGAGGCUUGAGAGACCAUGGCCCAACCGCUUUUUUGUAUGCUAUUGAUCCAACCAAUCUGAAGCAGUGGACCUACCUCAACGCCAUUGUUGACAUCGGCAUGAAUCACAACAUAUCCAGAUGGUCAGGUGACCUCGGUAUUAACUGGGAAUGUGCUUGCUUCAUGACUCUGCGUGACGAUAAAAAAGAGACGAGUCGUGAGUUUGUAGUGGUCGGAGGAGAAGGGUCGGAUACGUCGCAUCCCGAAUCCACCUUUGCAGCAUACCCUCAAGAAAGCACAACAUUUCCACGUUGGGAACGAUCGCUGCAAUGGAUGUGUGGAACUCUGGGUACACGCACGAAUGCGGCGGGGCAAAGUGUGCCAAAAAUGGAAUAUUCUUUUGGUGGCCGUUUCGAUCACGGUAUGAUGUAUGCAGUCAACAUCUUCCGUGACCCUCUCACCUCAAACCAGCUCGCCUGGGGUUGGAUUACAGAGGAAGAUCUACCACAGAAGCUAGUGGACCGACAAAAUUGGAGUGGCAUGCUCGGCCUUCCUCGAGAGUUGUCCUUGACAACUCUGAGAGGUGUAACUGGUGCCUUCAAGUCGAAGCUCAAGGAGAUCACAUCAAUUGAAGCCACACCGGAUGUUCAAAAUACCUUCACUGUCAGGACAUUGGGGAUUUCUCCGGCCAGCUGUCUUCAAGGCUUGCGAAAGGAUACGCGCCAAGUGGUGAUCCAAGGCUCGCCUGAUCUUACUCCUCGAGGAGAGUGUUUCAUGGAUGUUCAAACAUGCCGAUUCGAGUUAACAGCAUUGAUGGAAGUGUCAUCUAAGUGUUCGCGUAUUGGAGUCAGCAUAUUUCAUACCGAGGAUCAUGAGAUGGCAUCUCGUACCAUGGUGUAUCUUAUGCCUGUAAUAGAGACAUUGAAAGUCGAGCGACCGCAUUCAAGCGAGAUUGAUCCCGGUAUUUUGACCUUCCCGGAGACAGCCCCGUUUACCUUAUUCUCCUUUCAGGAGCAAGGCGGUCAGAGCAGGGAGCUGUUUGAGCUCCGUCUUUUCUUUGAUGAGUCGGUACUAGAAAUUUUUGCAAACUCACGAUGUACCAUUGCUACCAGGGUCUACCCAGCAAGUAAACGAUGCUGGGGAAUCCGGUUCUGGGCUGAAGACGAAUCCGAACAAAGCAGGCUGGUUCACGCCCAAGCUUGGGAUGGUAUAAGAGCAGAUAUUCAUGUUGAGUAG